AAGAUCUUUGAGCAGUUACACUCGCACAGUGAAUAGUAUACACUAAGCAGUUAACAUCUAACACUUUACUGAGUCUGGUGACAUUCAUUAAGCUCUAUUGACUAGCGUGGUGUAAAGUUAUCUGAUAGCAAAAUGCCUCGCUUAAGCGAUGAUGAAAGAAGGCAAGUUCUUCGAAUGAUAUACGAAGACAAGAACAGCGUCAGAAAGGUCGCCGCCUUCAUGAAAUGUAGUCCAACUACGGUACAAAAUCUCAAAAAGAAGUAUAAGAAGUAUUCUUUAAUUCGCGACAGACCACGAUCAGGCAGACCAAAGAAAUUUAAUGAAAAAGAUGGCAGUUGCAUUUCAAGUGACAAAGCGAACAAUUCAAAUCUAGCUGUUCAAGAAACAAUAACAACGCCAAUUAAAGAAGAAAAAUCGUAAAAUAUUUAUAACUGUGUACUAUUAAAGUUUUGUUUAUGAUCGAAUACAAACAUUAUCUAUUAUUAAAUAGAAA